AGAAAAGUCAAAAUGACAGCAAAAUAACUACGUUCCAGCGAAAAGAUGCAGCACAAAUCUUGUUUCAGCAAUAUAAUACGGAAAAACUUGAUUUAAUAGAACAUAUUUCAUACGAAUUAAUUGAAGACAGUGAUAUUCAUAAGUGAUUUACAAAAUGUAAAAAGUCUCAUAUAAAAUAAUUCCACUGAUCUUUUAGGAUAAGCCUACAAAACUUCAUGUGCUUGAACAUAUUACAAGUGCUAAAGAGGUCAUUUGUGAGCGAGUAUAAAAGUGAUUCUGAUACUAUAUUAUUAUGAAAAUUUUUAAUGAUAACUGGACUUCCGCAAAGCCUACAUAUAAAUGAUAAAAAAUAAGCUUAUCAAUUACUUUUGCGAAAUAAAAAUAAAAUAACUAUAAAUUACCGAAUAAAAAGCAACAAGCAUCGAUACUUGACGCAGUAAAUAGAUAAAAGUACGCUGUGAAGUAACGUAUACACAAUGUUUGGAAUUGUGUAAAGCAAUAAAGGAUAAAAUUUCAUCGCAAUCACGGGGCGUAAUUACAGCAUUUUAAUAUUCUUCAAAAUAUUUAAAAAUUCUAUACUGUGAUAAUGCAUUCUCUUCGUAUAUGCAAAAUAGGUUUUGGGUUACUUUAAAAAUGAAUUUUCGCAUAUAAAUUGUCGAUAAUACGGUGAUAAAAGUGUGGUCCUUAACAGAUCUUGACAACGACCUUCCAUGUGCCAGAUUUAUUAUUGGAGUGACGAUUAAGUAUCUGUAUUAAGUAAUACGUCAAAAUUUUAAAAUGAUCAAAAUUAAACCUUUAUGGUGUUCGCUGCCAUUUUGGCAGCAAACCACAAUGAUGCUGCUCUUACUUUACCCUGUUUUGAUGACAAAUUUUGUGGGUUGGACACAGGCCGCCGUUUUGCCUGAUGGCCAUAGAAUUGACUGUGAGCAUUUUGAUGAAAAGAAUUGUACCACAGAGGGUGAUUGCGCGAUCAAAGUGGAGCACUGCAAGGUGGAGUCGGAGAAGACAUCCAGUUGUUAUGUGCUAUGGACCAUGGACAGGGACACAGGUGAAACCAAAAUUAAAAUGAAGGGUUGCUUCACAGAUAUGCAUGAAUGCAAUCAAACGGAAUGUAUUACCAGCGUGGAGCCGCGGCAAAAUAAAUUAUACUUUUGCUGUUGCAAGGGUUCCAUGUGUAAUACGGAGCACAAAUGGAUCCCUACCACCACAGAGGCCACAACUCAAGUGCCGAAAGAAAAAACAACGGAUAACACGAACGUAAUUUACGUAAUAGUUUGUGCAAUUGUGUUCGUUUGUUUGGCGCUUUUAUUGGCACCAUUCGCAUUUUGCUACUACCGCAAGCGUAAACCGACCAAUUUCAACGAAAUACCUACGAAUGAAACGGAAGCUACAAAUGUUUCGCCACUGCUCAACAACCGGCCUAUACAUUUGUUGGAGCUGAAGGCUAGCGGGCGUUUCGGCGAUGUGUGGCAGGGUAAGCUGCAUAGUCAAGAUGUGGCCGUUAAGAUAUUUCGUAUGCAGGAGAAGGAGUCUUGGAAUACCGAAGUGGAUAUUUAUAAGCUACCACGCAUGCGGCAUCCAAAUAUAUUAGAGUUUCUUGGUUGCGAAAAGCACACAGAAAAAGUGCAAUUGGAAUACUGGCUCAUCUCCGUGUACCACCCAAACGGUUCACUCUGUAAUUACUUAAAAUCACACACACUAACUUGGCUGGAGCUGUGCAAAAUCGCCGAGUCCAUGUCGCAAGGUUUGAUGCAUUUGCAUGAGGAAAUACCAGCCGGCAAGACGGACGGGCUGAAGCCAUCCAUAGCGCAUCGCGAUUUCAAGUCCACAAAUGUGCUGCUGAAGGGUGACUUGACGGCGUGCAUUGCAGACUUUGGCUUGGCUAUGGUUUUUCAACCGGGCAAACCGUGCGGCGAAACUCAUGGUCAAGUUGGCACACGCCGCUACAUGGCCCCUGAGGUGCUGGAGGGCGCCAUUAAUUUCAAUCGUGAUGCGUUUCUGCGCAUCGAUGUGUACGCGUGCGGUUUGGUAUUGUGGGAGAUGGUGUCGCGCUGCACCGCUGUGGGACCUGUUGGCGACUACAUGUUGCCAUUUGAAGCUGAGCUUGGACUGCGUCCUACUCUGGAUGAGAUACAAGAUACUGUAGUCACAAAGAAAUUGAGACCGCGCUUACUGAACACAUGGCGUACACAUGCUGGCCUCAAUAUCUUCUGUGACACCAUGGAAGAGUGCUGGGAUCACGAUGCUGAGGCACGCCUCUCCUCGUCGUGUGUCAUGGAGCGCUUCGCACAACUAUGCAAAUACACGGCAACACCACUGCUAAUUGAAAACAACACAAAUUGCGAGGAAGAGCGUUUGACAGCCAAUUGCUUAUAGGAAAGGUAUUAAAUCACUUCGUUAGCGCUGAAGUGAUUGCCAGAGCAUGAGAACAAGUGUAAAAGAUUGCUAAAAACUUACGAUUCAUUAUAUAAUGUUAAGGCGAUAAGAAUUAAGCUGAUAAGUUACCGGUAUACGUCAUAUCCGCAUAUAUAUGUAUAUAUAUUGAAACAUAUAUAUAUAAAGUUUAGUAAUCGAUACAUUUUAAAGUGUACAUUUGAUAGUUUUACGUUCGACAAAUAGAAAGAUAAGAAGUAGCGUAAAAAUUGGCUGGCAGCUUAAAGUAUGUUGUUAGUUAAGUUAUAUAGACGACCAUGCAAUACACAAGCACGUACAUACAUUCACAAGCAUAAACUAGCAAAAGUUAAAUAAUUAUGUUGAAAGUGCAAAAAAAAAAGAUUCUUUAAGGAAAUAAUUAUGUUGAAAGUGCAAAAAAGAUUUUUAAGGUUUACGUAACUCAUAAAACACACACUCUAAUUAGAAAUUACACGACUGACUCAUAUGUUAAACAAGAAAGAAUCAUAUUGUUGUUGUUGAAACCCUUUUUAUGAACAUUGAAGUAAGCUUAUUGCUUCCAAUGUUUACUCAUUUCAUGGCACACACAAUUAAUGCAUGUGCAACCUUAUUGACAUCAACUAUUUUCUUUUGUUACGUCUAUAUUAAAUAUUAUUUCUGUGCCUUCUUUUGUUACCAGUUAUGUAAUUUUAUUCAUCCCCAUAUGUUCGAACUCUGUACUGCCAUUUGUGAUGUUUCUUCACACUUACCAUACAUACACACCUAUAUUCACUAUUUGCGAGCACAUUUUAUUUUAUUCCAACAAAAGAAUAUUACUGUUAAGCUACGAAAUAAGUGUAAUGCAAGUCAUAACAUUUUACAAUGAGUUAUGCAUAAAGCUAUUUUGUACCCCCAAACAAAAUUUUGUAAUUUUAUUUUUAGCUUUUAGAAACGCGCCAGUUUGUCUAGAAUUCUUCAAAAUUUGUGGAAUUUUUGAUGACCUUGCGCAUGCAUAACUUAAGGGUUUCUGUUGAAAUAAACGCCAUUAUUAAUUUAA